GACAAGUACGCGUGGCCCAGAACACCCCGUCGAGGAGGGGCACGCACGGGUCACGACUCCGCUGCUCGCAUUUUUGCAUUUCCCAUUCAGGCCGAUUUAUAUAUACAAGGCUCGUUAGGCGUCACCUGAUCGCCUACGCGGCUUGGCUUGGCUGAGCGCUCGAACCCCAUCCCCAUGUGCUCUUGUUCUUGUUCUUGUCCUCUCUAACGACAUCGAUCGCGAGUUCACGGGAUCGAGCCCGCAGCAGCAGAAGCUUUCAGAUUCAGUUAGCUUUGCAGGCAGGCAGCGGAAGAAGGAGAAGAAGGCAGAAGCAGAGCUUUGUUGUGAGCUGAACUUUUGGCGCCAGGAAGAGAUAUGGUGGAGGCGGAGAAACAGAGGAAGCCAGGAGCUCAGGUACUGUAUACAGCGUUCUGGCCCAAGGUGGUGCUCAAGAAAUGGCUCAACCUGAGGAGCAAGGACGCCAAGUUCGACGCCGAUGAGGAAGAUGACCUCGACGACGGCGACCAAGCAGAAGACAACUGCGGCUGCGACGGCGACGGCGGCGUGGAGGCUCCCGACGAGGAGAGCCGCCCGGCCGCGCCGUACAGGCUGCGGCGGCGGAACUCGGAGACGAUGCGCGCGCAGUACAUCGACACCAGGGAGCUGAGGAUCUUCGUGGGCACGUUCAACGCCGCCGGUGUUCCGCCGCCGCCGUGCUCCGGCCCGGACAUUGCCGAGUGGCUGGACAUUGACACUGCCGGCGGCGGCGAGCUGGCCGACGUGUACGUGCUCGGGUUCCAGGAGGUGGUGCCGCUGAACGCCGGCAACGUGUUCGGCGCCGAGGACGCCGGGCCGGCCAUGGCGUGGGAGGAGCUGAUCCGGGACACGCUGACGCAGGCCGGGCCCAGGCCCAGGCCCAGGUACCGGAGCCAGCCGGCCACGCCGGCCCGCUCCUUCGACGCCGCCGAGCUGUUGUUCCACGGCGUCGCCGGCAACGACACCGAAGACGAGGAGGAGGAGGAGGAAUUCGGCUUCCCGGUGCUGCGGGCUGAGGAAGAGGACUACGUAGCUGUUACGCCCAGGAAGGUCGGAGCCAUGGCGGAUGAUCCAGAAGACGGGGACCGAGAAGAGCAGCGGCAGAGGGCGCUUGUGAAGACGCUGAGCAAGACGGACCGGAUCGGGCUCGCGUGGCCUGAGCCGCCGCUGGACUUGCUGGCAAAGCAGCACGCCCUGGCAACCGCCGACGACCCGGCCGCCAUGGCCGACCCUGAGGACCGCGACCUCGGCAACUGCGACAAGACGAAGAAGACGAAGGGCGGCGGGAGGUCGCCGUUCGUGAGGAUCGUGAGCAAGCAGAUGGUGGGCAUCUUCCUGACGGUGUGGGUGCGGCGUGAGCUAAGGAAGUGCGUGCACAACCUCAAGGUCUCCACCGUCGGCGUGGGCGCCAUGGGGUACAUCGGCAACAAGGGGGCCGUGUCGGCGAGCAUGUCCAUCUACCAGACCAUGUUCUGCUUCGUGUGCACCCACCUGUCGGCCGGCGAGCGGCCCGCCGACCUCCUCAAGCGCAACGCCGACGUGCACGAGAUCCACCGCCGCACGCGCUUCUCCGCCUCCAACGCCGCCGGGCCCGGGCUCGAGCUGCCCCGCGAAAUCCACGACCACGAGAGGAUUUUCUGGCUGGGGGACCUCAACUACCGGAUCGAGGUGCCGUACGAGCGGGCGCACGGGCUCGUGGCAGCCAUGGACUGGGCUCGGCUGGCGGAGAAGGACCAGCUGAAGCGGGAGCUGAGGAAGGGGCGGGCGUUCGACGGGUGGGCGGAGGGGGUGCUGGAGUUCGCACCGACUUACAAGUACGAGAUCGGGCCGCCGGCGCCGGCGCGGGGGAAGAAGAAGGGCAGGAGCAGGUACAUCGGGGACGACGGGAAGGGCGGCAGGAGGACGCCGGCGUGGUGCGACCGGGUGCUGUCGUACGGGAAAGGGAUCCGGCUGCUGCGGUACGCGCGGGCGGAGAUGGCCAUGUCGGACCACCGGCCCGUGGCGGCGACUUACGGCGCCGAGGUGGAGGUGUUCUGCGGGAGGAAGCUGCAGCGGGCGCUCACGCUGACCAAGGCCGAGGUGGAGCGCGGGGAGGCCGUCGUCGUCGUGCCGCCGCCGCCGCCGCCGGACCUCGAUUUCUGAUCUACAUGUAUUUUUGGGCACGGCUGCUUCUCGCUCGGCUGAGCUCCUGAGGAAUUUUUGUUUCUGUGAACUCGGUCGAGAGAUCACUGCAGUCCUAUCUCCAUGAUGAGUCUGAUUAAUUCAGCGUUGGAUUCACUAGCCUGUAACCUCUGUUUCCAGCCCCGUGUGCGUGUUUUUUUCCUUUCUCUUUUAGGCCUUUGUCCGAAUGUUCUUUUUGGGCCUGCCAACUUGGGCUCUGUAGUAGUAGGCCUUAAGAAAAGCUCGAGAGUCCUGUGAUGGAACUGAAUUACAAAGGAGUGUAAAAAAAAACCCAAAGCCUAACGGACGCAGCUGCACUAUUGCAACGCUCCUGGCGCACGCACGGCAACGCCGAACGACCGGGAAUUUGCUUCUUCUUUUUUUA